AUGCUGGACUUGUGGACCCCCGCCGAUCGACGAACGUGCUUUUUUGGAAAGCUUGUGGGCGUUGUUCGUCUCUGCCCUUGUAUUGAGAUGACCUUUAGAGACAAGGUGAGGAUUACUAAGGAAUUAAUACGGCUACAACGAGAGCAACAACCAGCAGCACAGCCAGAGGGAAGUAACGAAGCCCAACGUGGCGACGACCACAACAAAGGGUUUUUACUAGGAUUUGACCCGGCCACUGGCCAACACCAAUGUAUUCAUGAAUGCAAUGAUCACUGGCGUCAGAGCCAAAGGAUUAAAGCGCAACGCAACCUCAAAUUUGGUCUUGAUGAAGAACACAACCUCGUUUUGGAAACAGAGUACCAAGUUACGGACUUGCAGUCAAUCCCGGGUCAGUCGAUGGGCACUCAACUAUUGUGCCCCCAUAUACAAGUUACGAAGGGUAUACACAACAUCAUAUAUGUCAAACGAUGGCCAAAGGCAUUACGCAUAAGGUCCGGGAGGAGAAUGAAACUGGUGCAAUCCUACCCGGGUUCGUUCUCUUGCGUGUGGUGCCUAACGACUAUCUCCAACGUGCAGGAGAAACGGUAUCUUGAUUCUUUUCAUCCUAGAGACUUCACUUUUUCAACUAGGAGAUGCCUAGGCAAUGCUAUGGAGCACGCUGAUAAUAUUUGGUAUCAGCAGACCGAAACUUCCAUUGAAAAUCAGGUUUGGCAGCAGCGACGACGAAAUGGAUACUAUACCGAUUCCAGGGUAUUCCAUUACCAUGAAUCCAUUUAA